CUCGAACAACAAAAGUCAAAACUUGAAAACAAAUCUGAAAGGAAUCGGAAGUGGAACUUAACAUUUUCAUUCACAAUUAACAUUUUGACGAGCAAAGUACUAUAAUGGGUGUACUAGCGAGUCGCCAGAAUCCAGGACUAGAAGACGCUGAUAUUAUAUCCAACCAUGCCUACAAGUACCCACCGAGAUCCGGUAAUUACUUCGGGAGCCACUUUAUAAUGGGAGGCGAAAGAUUUGAUACUCCACAACCAGAGGCUUACCUCUUUGGUGAAAAUGCUGAUUUGAACUUUCUAGGCAGUAGACCGACUCCGUUCCCUUACCCCCCGCCGCAGUCAAAUGAGCCUACGAAAACGCUAAAAAGUCUAGUGAACAUACGUAAGGAGUCGCUACGUUUCAUUCGCUGCCCUGAGCCAUUGAGUAAAUUAGCAGACAACCAGAUUGGUGAUGGUGUUAUGAAAUCACCAGAAUCAAAUGGAAAGGGGACAUACUAUAAUAUAGAGUUUACUUUUGACUGUGAUGCUAGAUGUGCUAUCACUGUCCAUUAUUUUUGCACUGAAGAGGUUACUCCUACUGGUGUUGUAUAUUACCCGCGAGACCCGACAAUGAGUUCGCAAACGUACCACUACAAGAAAGGUGCGAAUCAACAGUUUUGUCAGAUCUCUCACGUGUUUGAUCCCUCGAAAUAUUCAGAAGAAGACCUACUGUACAACGCUGACAAGGAAUUAAUUCCGAUUGCCAUAUAUUGCGUGGUUGAUGAAGGACAAGACGAAAUAAGGCAGUCCCACACAACCAUUGCGGUAGUCGAGAAACAUUCGGACGGAACGUACGUGUUGAAAGCUUUAAAACAAAAACUAUUUGUUGAUGGACUUUGCUACUUGUUGCAAGAAAUAUACGGGAUCGAGAACAAAAAUUUAGAUUCUAAGCCGACUUCAGACUCUGAAACUGAAGAGGGCGGGUCGGAAUGCGUGAUCUGCAUGUGCGACACGCGCGACACGCUGAUCCUGCCGUGCCGACACCUGUGCCUGUGCAACUCGUGCGCGGACUCGCUGCGCUACCAGGCCAACAACUGCCCGAUCUGCCGCGCUCCCUUCCGCGCCCUGCUGCAGAUCCGAGCGCUGCAGCGGCGCACGUCGGAGGGGGCGCUGCCGGCGGGGGCAGGGGGAGAAUCUCUGCCCCCCGGCUACGAACCGGUGUCACUCAUUGAAGCCCUGAACGGCCCCCAUCCUGCCCGUUCCGCUGCCCCGACUCUCACCCGCACUGCUCCGGCUAUAGCGUCACCGGACACUGACACGGCCUCGCAGGCUGCAGAAAUCCUGAACCGCUGCAACAUAGAGCGCAGCUCCUCCACCAGCCUGGGGAGCAGCGGCAGCCGCAAGGGCAAGUCGGGCUCCAAGGACGACGUCAAGACUUUACGCAGCACGCCGCACGCCCUCACUCCGGAGUUCCGCAUGUCGGUGCUGCUGGCUCGCGAGGAGGAGGCCAAGCGCGCCGACGAGAAGACGGCGGCCAGCAGCCCGCUGCUCCACGACCACAAGCUCAUGAACGGCGAGAACAAGUUCCCGUCGUCUCCCGAUAUGGAGUGCGGGGCGGAGGCGUCGUGCUCGGAGCAGACGGGGGCGGAGCCCGACGCCGACGCCGAGAGACUCUCCCCCCUGCUCACACACACUCUCAACAACAUAAGAAAGCCGGUAGUGUCCCGAGCCUGCAGCGUGUCGAGUCUGGGCGCGGCCCCCGCGGACCCCGUCGGGGACUCCGCCCUCCGACUCUCCGCGCCCGCGCUCGCGCACAUCGACGACAUCGAGGAGCCGCACUUACGGUCUGACGGGGCGGAGUCUCCGGCGCCGGCCGAGGACUCGGACUAUUUCACGCCGGAGGACACGACCACCACGAUACUGACCCUACCCAAAGCCGCCAAGCAUCUAGAACCGCUGAACAACGGCGAGUGUACGCCACAACGCUGGGCGCUGCCGCACCACGUAACAUCUUUACCAGGCACACCACUAAGCCAGUCCAGCGUCCGAUCGUCAGGCGAGUCAUAUAGCUCCACCUCAUCCACUCGACAACUGUUGACGGCUCCUCCGCCGCGCGCUUGUUAAUACCUUGAGCAAUAGUUAAAUGGGAAAAUGGCUUAUAUAUUUACAAUACAGCUUCAAUAAUAUUAUAAGAAAACAGUCAGUUAAAAACGGUUAGGUACUAUUUUUAAGGGUGAAACUAUUUUGGGUGAAAUUCAAACGAAAAUUGCCAUUUUCGCUUCUUUUAAAGUUUUUAGAUAAAAUAUUACCGAAAACGUGCACCAGUGACAGUGAAAUAUAGAGUCACAUAGGUAUAGAGAUUAUUUAGAAAAUAAAACUUAUAAAAUCGUGAUCGUAAAAAUAUUUUUUUUAUUUUUUUAUUGCCCAAUAGGCAAAUCUACAUACGGACCACCUGAUGGUGAGUUGUUACCGUCGCCCAUGGACUUCAACAAUGCCAGGGGCAGAGCAAAGCCGUUGCCUACCGUUAAUCUUGUUAAUGCCUUUUUUCUGCGCGUAAUGUAACACAAAUAUCGGGUCAACGCCGUUGUUUGUCGGAAAAUUGCAUCAGUUAUCUUUAGUUUAUUUUUAAAUUAAUCAUUUGUGAAACAAUAAGUAUUACGUAGUAUAACACAACAAAUGAACUCUGUUCUGCUUUGUUCUGAAGAUAGUUAAAGAAAUUUGGAAAUGAAUUAAACCUGUAUUGAAAUUACCAAAAAAUCCGGAUUGUUUUACACCAUACGUGUGCGUUAGUGAGAGCUUAGAAAAAAGCUAUUGGAAAUAGAUGUGAGUUUUGCUAAGCUAACUUUUUAAUAAAAAUUGUUUUUUUUAAAUAUUAGUUUAAAAAAAGUAUACUUGACAACUUGAAAGUUAUUUUAAACAUGUAUUUAUAUGUUGCACACUUUUCGGGAUAGCGUGAAAUAGUUUCGAUUUCAUCUUCUUUAGUUUGACGAUGCAGUUUUCGAUUGUUGACCGAGAUCGCUGGUCCAGACUACGGAUAAGAUUAUGGUGAACAUUAAGGCGUGUAAUAUUAGGUAAACAGGAUAAGUUUUUUUUUUUUUGUGGACGGUUCUCUAUUUGUUUGGAGAUUUUACCGCUGAAGCCAGGAGGAAAGACUUGUGUUCACUACCGAUUGGGAAUGUUUAAUUAAUCGAAAGAAUCUCAUAAGUUUGUGAAAAAUUACAUUCGAGCAAUUGUCUAGUUUCCCGGUUAAACAAUCGAGAUGUUUUUCGAUUUUUUCGAGUCGAUUCUCCGCGAUAUAUACCUAUACGUUGCCCCAUUUGCAAUAAGUCACGUUUCCGCUCAUUCUUCGGGGCAAGUCCAACCCUAUACAAGUAGAUCGCGUAAAGAAAUCAUCAUUUAUUCAACAAACUAAAUGACUAGCGUCUUUGCUCGCCUAUCGCUAGUAUAAACUAGUAUCCACAAGUUCCCACAUUUGGCACCGGCCUUCGAACGGUAAGGCGGUGAGUGAAGUUAUAUGUACCUACUGUAGUACUGGCCGGUCCUUUAGCAUCUAUGCAAGAGCGGGAAAAUUCACCUAAAUCAAUUAACCUAAAUAAUACAUUAAUUUUAUUAAAGUUAAUAAUAAAUUUCUGAUGAAUCAACGUCGUUACGCUCUUCAUAUAAUAGAGACGGCCAUUUUAACAAUCAUAAUUUGUAAAUGAUAAGUGAUGAUCGCUGAAGGUAUUA